CGGGGCCGCGGCGGCGUUCGCGGCUCUCCGGGCGCGCAGCGGUUCUGCCCUCCCUUGAGGCCGUGGCGGCACCGCCGGGCGGCCGGCACCACCCACCCGGCCUCAGCCGACCCCGCACCCGCCACCACGGACGUGGAGACGGCGGCGGGCGGAGCCGGGCCCGGCCCGAGGGGACCGUCCCGGCGCGGUGGGGCUCCCGCCGCUCAGUAGGCGCCGGAGCGAGGGCGGGCUCGCUCCGCAGGGGCUCGCAGGGCCCGGGCCGGCCGCGCUCCCGACGCCGCUGGGGCCUCCGGCGGGACCGAGCGAGGCGAGGAGGAAGGCCCGGUCCGGUGCUCCCCGAGACGGGUGAGGGGAGCGGGAGAGCCAGUCCCGCGUCCUCCGCCCCAGCUUUGUUAGCCGGGCCCUCGGCGGGGAACGGGAGCGGCGAGACCGGGCCGGUGCCCCCGGAGCUGCCGGGUCCUUUCCCCACUCUCGCUUGCGGAGCAUCGUCUGCGGGACUACUACAGAGGAAACAACAGGUCUCGCUCUCUGCUCGCCUUCCAAAGCGACGCCAGCGCCUUGCUCUUGGGAUUAUAAAUGUUUGAGCUAAGACCCAGGGAACUGGAAGGAGAGCUUCCCGUUGGAAUUAAUAGAAGAGAAAAGAAGGGAGGCUUUUCCAAAUCCUCUACAAGAAAGCUCGUGCUGUUUUCUCUUGCUGUCUGUACUCUGUUUAAUAAUGCGAUUGUGACCUGAGUGGAAUUUAUGAGCGAUGAACUAUUGAAGCUUCUUGCGCCUCUGCAUCGGACUAAAUUUAUUUUUUUUUUUUUUUUUUUUUUUUUUUUUUUUUUUUUUUUUUUUUUUUUUUUUUUGUGUCAGCACAUGAUUCCUUCAUCCCAGCUGUUACAGGACCUAUGGGCCAGUAAUAGAGGGAUGGGAAGCUGAGACAGUUUAUUAUCACAUUCUUCUGUGCCGGGGACUUGGCGAGUUUGCUGAAGCUGCUGCUUUAUACUGGAUCUGCUCUUUCUUCGGCAGGUUUUUUUUUUUUUUUUUCCCCAUGUGUUUCGAUUAAACAGGCAUUGGACUGGAGCUGGAUGGAUGCUUUUCAAUCCAAAAGCUUCUGGGGAAUAAUAGAAAACUGCUAAAACAGAGCAGAACUGGUGCUGCAGGAAACCUGGGGCCUGUUUUCCAAGCCUUUUCGUUUUACUGAGCAAGAUGAUGUGUGAGGUGAUGCCAACCAUCAGUGAGGCCGAGAUUCCUGCCGGGGGAAAUGGAGGCCACGGUUCAGGUUCCCCGUUGCAGUCAGAUGCUGAUUCCCACUUUGAGCAGUUAAUGGUGUCCAUGCUGGAAGAAAGGGAUCGUCUGCUGGAAACGCUCCGAGAAACUCAGGAGACGCUCGCGCUCACCCAGGGCAAGCUGCAUGAGGUUGGCCAUGAGAGGGAUUCCUUGCAGAGGCAGCUCAAUACUGCACUUCCACAGGAAUUUGCAGCGCUCACAAAAGAGCUCAAUGUAUGCAGGGAGCAGCUGCUUGAAAGGGAAGAAGAAAUUGCUGAACUGAAAGCAGAAAGAAAUAAUACGAGGCUAUUACUGGAACACUUGGAGUGUCUUGUGUCCAGGCAUGAGCGAUCCCUCAGGAUGACUGUUGUGAAGAGGCAAGCUCAGUCUCCAGCAGGAGUUUCUAGUGAAGUAGAAGUUCUCAAAGCACUAAAAUCUUUAUUUGAGCACCACAAAGCCCUUGAUGAAAAGGUGAGGGAGAGGUUACGAGUAGCACUUGAAAGAUGUAGCUUGUUGGAAGAAGAACUAGGUACUACACAUAAAGAGUUAAUGAUUCUGAAAGAGCAAAAUAAUCAGAAGAAAACACUUCCAGAUGGGAUGCUGGAUGUAAAUCAUGAACAAGAAAAUACACCAACUACAAAUGGGAAGAGAUCCUCUGAUGAUGGUUUGUUAUGCCAUGAUGAAAACCUUGCUAAAGUAAUUGAACUCCAAGACAUUAUAGAUAAGCAAAACAAAGAGCAGACACAAAUGAAGGAACGCCUCACUGCUUUGUCCAGCAGAGUAACAGAGCUGGAAGAAGAUCUAGACACAGCAAGGAAAGACUUGAUAAAAUCUGAAGAAAUGAACACAAAGUUACAGAGGGAUGUACGAGAGACUCUGGCCCAGAAGGAGGACAUGGAGGAGAGAAUCACCACUCUGGAGAAACGCUACCUCGCUGCACAACGUGAAGCUACAUCUGUGCAUGACCUCAAUGAUAAACUUGAAAAUGAAAUUGCCACUAAAGACUCCAUGCACCGACAGAGUGAAGAUAAGAACAGGCAACUGCAAGAGCGACUGGAACUGGCUGAGCAAAAGCUGCAGCAGACCCUGAGAAAAGCUGAGACUUUGCCAGAAGUGGAGGCUGAGCUGGCACAGAGAGUGGCAGCACUUUCAAAGGCUGAGGAGAGACAUGGCAAUAUCGAGGAGCGACUGAGACAGAUGGAGGCACAGCUUGAAGAGAAGAAUCAAGAACUGCAGAGGGCUAGACAGAGAGAGAAGAUGAAUGAAGAGCAUAAUAAACGUUUGUCAGAAACUGUUGAUAAGCUCCUGUCUGAAUCCAAUGAAAGGCUCCAGCUUCAUCUCAAAGAGAGGAUGGCUGCCCUGGAAGAUAAGAAUUCACUUCUUCGAGAAAUUGAAAAUGCAAAAAAACAAAUAGAAGAACUUCAGCAUGAAAAGGAUCAACUUGUAUUAAAUGUUGAUGCAUUAAGGGCUGAAAACGACCAAGUUAGGCUCAGAGCCACAUCACUUCAUCAUAGCAGACCGGAUUUCAGAUUUCCUGUGCCAUCCUCCUCUGUGGGGGACAGUCACACUGACUCCUAUGGCACCUCCUCUGUGCUGAGGCGGCCCCAGAAGGGGCGUCUGGCUGCUCUCAGGGACGAGCCUUCAAAGGUUCAGACCCUGAAUGAGCAGGAUUGGGAGCGGGCCCAGCAAGCCAGCGUGUUGGCAAACGUGGCACAAGCAUUUGAGAGUGAUGUGGAUGUGUCUGAUGUGGAGGACGACAGGGAGACCAUUUUCAGCUCAGUUGAUCUGCUGUCACCAAGUGGUCAGGCUGAUGCUCAGACUUUAGCCAUAAUGCUGCAGGAACAGUUGGAUGCAAUCAACAAAGAGAUCAGACUGAUCCAGGAGGAGAAGGAGAACACGGAGCAGCGCGCGGAGGAGAUCGAGAGCCGCGUGGGCAGCGGCAGCCUGGAGGCGCACGGCCGGUUCCGCUCGCUGGGCUCCAUCCCCCCCACCUAUGGCGGGACCCUGGCUGGCUCCUCCCCACCUGGCAGCGGCCGCUCCACGCCCCGGCGCAUCCCGCACAGCCCGGCCAGGGAGGUGGACAGGCUGGGCAUCAUGACACUGUCUCCAGCUUCCAGAGAAGAGGUACGAGAUGACAAAACCACCAUAAAAUGUGAGACAUCACCACCUUCUUCACCUCGGUCUUUGCGUCUGGACAGAGUCCAGAAAGGAGCUCUGCACACAGUGAGCCACGAAGAUAUCAGGGACAUUAGGAAUUCAACAGGUUCACAAGAUGGGCAAACAAGUAAUCCUAGUAGCAGUAACAGCAGCCAAGAUUCCCUUCACAAAGCCCCCAAAAAGAAGGGGAUCAAAUCCUCCAUUGGCCGCCUGUUUGGCAAGAAGGAAAAGGGACGACCUGGACAAGGAAGCAAGGAAGCUCUGGGACAAGGUGGCGUGGGAGAAGCAGAUGGUUCCUCUCAGGAUACAUUAGGUCUCAGCAAACUUGGAGGUCAGGCAGAGAAAAACAGGAAAAUGCAGAAAAAGCAUGAGUUGCUGGAGGAAGCCAGAAGACAAGGUUUGCCUUUUGCACAGUGGGAUGGGCCCACUGUGGUGGUGUGGCUGGAGCUGUGGGUGGGGAUGCCAGCCUGGUACGUGGCUGCAUGCCGAGCCAAUGUGAAAAGCGGUGCUAUCAUGUCAGCCCUGUCUGACACGGAAAUCCAGCGGGAAAUCGGCAUCAGCAAUCCCCUGCACAGGCUCAAGCUCCGCCUGGCCAUCCAGGAAAUCAUGUCCCUAACCAGCCCCUCUGCCCCUCCCACCUCAAGGACGACCACGGGAAAUGUCUGGGUAACACAUGAAGAGAUGGAAAAUCUUACAGCCACACAACAAACGGAAGAUGAGGAGGGAAGCUGGGCUCAGACAUUAGCCUAUGGUGACAUGAACCAUGAGUGGAUUGGCAAUGAGUGGCUGCCAAGCCUGGGGCUCCCUCAGUACCGCAGCUACUUCAUGGAAUGUCUGGUGGAUGCUCGGAUGCUGGAUCACUUAACUAAAAAAGACCUGCGUGGGCAGCUGAAAAUGGUGGACAGCUUUCACAGAAACAGUUUUCAGUGUGGAAUUAUGUGCCUCCGAAGACUGAAUUAUGAUCGAAAAGAACUGGAAAGAAAAAGAGAAGAAAGCCAGAGUGAAAUUAAGGAUGUCCUUGUGUGGAGUAACGAGAGAAUGAUCCACUGGGUUGUGUCCAUCGGCCUUAAGGAAUACGCAAAUAACCUGCUUGAGAGCGGAGUUCACGGUGCACUUGUGGCCUUAGAUGAAUCCUUUGAUUACAAUGCAUUAGCUCUCCUGCUGCAAAUCCCCACUCAAAACACACAGGCUCGUGCUGUUCUGGAGAGGGAAUUCAAUAACCUCCUUGCUAUGGGCACUGACAGAAGACUUGAUGAAGAUGAUGAUAAGAGCUUUAGGAGAGCACCUUCGUGGAGGAAGAAGUUUAGACCAAAGGACAUAAGAGGUUUAGCUGCUGGAUCAGCAGAGACUCUUCCUGCAAAUUUCAGAGUUACAACCUCAAUGUCUUCACCCUCUAUGCAGCCAAAGAAGAUGCAGAUUGAUGGCAGUGUAUCAGGAACACAAAGAUUGGAUUCUGCUACAGUAAGGACCUACUCCUGUUAAAGCCUUCUCCUGUUUACCCACACUAUUUCUACCGGUGAUAUGCAGCAUUUUGAACAUUUGGAACCCUUAACCUGUUAAUACUUGUUAAAUGGACACUUUGAAAUAUUUUAUUACAGAGUUUUUAAUUAGCAAAUAAAUUCAUGAGUACUAUAGAGAAAAUAUUUUAGAAUCUAAAUGUUUCUUAUAUUUAUGUGACUUCUCAUUUAUAUAGUUACUUUUUUUUGUUUCUAUUCCGUCUACAAAUCAAAUAAUUGCUGAUUUUUUAUUCUAAUUUUAGUCUUUCCAACUGAAUGUACUGUAAUGCUUGUAUGUAUAUGUCCCUAUGAGCAAUAUAGGGUUUUUGUAAAUUAUGCAGUUACUGUAAUUAUCAUUGUUUUUUAAUAAUGGAACUGAAGGUGAAAAGGAUUUUAAUACCUUUGUAAAAGUAUCAUGACACCGAGCAGUAUAUAUUUUGUCUUCUGGAGCUCUUAGCUUAGAUCUGAAAACAACUCCAGCUUUUUUUCAGGUGAGCCUUUCUUGACGUAGGAGGGACGGUACAUGAGUGUUGUUCUCAGAGCUGUACCAUUCCACAAAGAGAAUGUGUCAAGUAGUGGCAAUUUGUCUUUAUUUAAAGUAGAACAGGUUUGAAAAGCUGGGAGGAACUCUUAACCCUGCGGGACACUUUGUAGGAGCGAUUGCCUCAGUCCUAACACCCUCUGCAGUGUUUGUGUAGCGGCUCUUCGCAGUGAGUGAAAACAAGCCAUAAACUGAGGACUGUUUUUAUUUUUGCUUUCCCUUCCUUGAGGAAGAUAGGCUUCAUAAUAAUUCCUGGUGUGAGCUGCAGGCCACAGAGAGGUUGUUUUUGUCCUAGACCUUUUUGCUUGAAAACACUUGGUGGAAAGAUGCUGGUGGAACCAGUUUUAAUGGACCAAUCCUAAAGCACUGCAGCCUCACAAAUGAGUAGUGAAAGAUGAAGGUACAAUGGGCUGAAAACUAAAGCAGUGCAUCUUCUAAUAAAGGCCUUAUUUUCUUAUAUAAGUCGUCCUAUGUGUUUUGUAAACUUGUUCAAAAGUCUUGUCUGGACUUUAAUUUGGAUGGUUGUAGCCAUUUUGGACUAUAUGAGUAGAAAAUGUAUCUUGACACUUGUAAAUGGCAUAUUAAAAAGCCAGCAAGAAUCUGUUCAGAUGGUGCAUUAUUUAUUAUGCAACAAUAUAUAUAGCAUGUCUUUUUUCUUAUUUUGUUUUCCACUUUUAACUUGCUUGUAAAACUGAUAUUCAUUGUUACUGUUCUGUUUUUCUAUUAAUCUUUUGUGUAUUUUCAGAUUAUGUAACAAUAUGUACAGUCUACUUUUGAACUAUUUUUAUCACAGUAUUAUUUAUUGCUUUCAAUAAAGUACUGAUGCAUUUUCCACUGCCAAUAAAACAGUAUGGAAAAGCUAAGAUCUAAUUGUAUGCAGGCAGAAACUUUUGCAGUGAGUGGGUAGUGUCAAUAAAGCAUCUUAAUGAUUGUUUGCUGCCCUCUAGAUCUGGUUUCAAAUGGUGACCUUUCUCCAGUAGCAAAAAUAUUCCAUUAGAUGUGACAUUUUCUUUGGAAUUGUUCAAGUUCACAUGCAUUAAUAUCAGUUUUCUGGAAAAAACUGCUUUAUUGCCUACUUCUGCUCAUAGUUAGAGCUAUGAUUUGCUUUUUAAAAUAAUAAACCAGACCUGUCACACAA